AUGAAGAUUGCCGUAGAAUACAUCGGUCAGUGUCGUGUCAACAGUAUAAAAUUUAUUCUAAAUAAUCUCUCUAUCUAUAUAUUUAUCUAUCUAUUUAUCUAUCUAUCUUCCAGUCUAUUCAGAUCUAUCUAUCUAUCUAUCUAUCUAUCUAUCUAUCUAUCUAUCUAUCUAUCUAUCUAUCUAUCUCCUUCCAUGUGUUCAUAUCUAUCUAUCUAUCUAUCUAUCUAUCUAUCUAUCUAUCUAUCUAUCUUCCAGUCUAUUCAGAUCUAUCUAUUCAUUCUAUCUAUCAUUCAUCUAUCUAUCUAUCUAUCACACCUCCUUCUAUCUAUCUAUCACACCUCCUAUCUAUCUACCUACACUAGAGAAUACGAGACGUGCUUGGAUAGUAAAGCGGCCCUUUUAACAGUAGCAUUGAUUGAUUUAUCGAAGAGUCCGACUCUCCUCUCUCAUAAUGAUCCCCCGAGCGCAUGCGCCAAUAAAUAA